AUGAGUCAAACGUGGCUCGUGAAGCUGCCGCGGCCGGAGGAUGGCGCCACGCGCGUUGACGACGCCGCGUCCACCGCGGGUCUGCGCGGCGGCAUCGUCACGGAAAAGCCGCUCGGGGCGGUGGGCGUUAACCGCAUCGACCUCGCGCGGCUCGACCCGAACGACAGGAAACACGCGUGCGCCGUCGAGCGCGGCGGCGUCCUUCGCUCGAUGCGCGUCGGCGGCAAGAGCGGAACCGGCGUGGAGAGAUACCAGCUGCACUCGGAGGGGAGCGGCGGGAGGUUGGAACCCGUGUCUCGGUCGUGGAGACAGUUCGAGCUCGUCCCCGGGCAAAACGGCGCGGUCCUCAUCGCGCAGAGCGGCUCCCCGAACUUGCUGUACAGCACGUUCCCCGAGAGCGCGGAGGAGAAGGGCAGCGUCGUCUUCCUCUUCGGAUCGCACAACGGCGCGGUAUCGUGCUUCGCGGUGUCCGACGACGGCGCGUUCGUCGUCUCCGGCUCCGUGGACGGAUCCCUCGCGGUGUGGUCCGUCGAGGACGGGGAGAAAAUCGGAAGCAUCUCGUCCGCGCACGCUGGCGGCGUCACCGCGGUCGCGAUCGCGAACGAGACGUGCGUCCUCUCCGCGGGCGCGGACGGGUGCGUGCGCGCGUGGGAGGUGACCGAAAAACCCCGGCUGCGGAUGAUGCACAAGCUCGAGACCGGGCCGGCGCCGUUGAUGUCGCUCGCGGUGUGGGACCCCGCGCACGACGUCGUCCGGGACGAGGACGACGACGCGCGGGAAGUCGCGGCGAAGUUCGUGAAGAAGGCGGGCAAGGGCAAGACGAAAGAGAUGAACACGGGCGGGAACGGGAAGAUACUCGCCGCGGGGAGCGCGGACGGUACCGUGUACGUGUGGACGCGCGUGCCGCCGGCGAAGAAGCUGUCCAGCGAAUUCAGCUGGAAACCGGCGACGACGUCGCACCACGCGCAAGGCAAGGAGGUGAAGUUUCUGUCCUUCCGCGCGGACGGGAAAGCGCUCCUCGUCGGCGCGAGCGACGAGCGGGACAACGGCAAAGGCGAGGUGCGUCUGUUCGAGACCGAGCACUGGACGUCGAUCGCGACGCACAUCUACAGCAGCAUCGUCGCCGCGUGCAAGUACACGCGAGCCGGGCGGUCGCUCGACCUGGCGCUGUUGUGCAGCGCCGCGGGGGCGCCGAAGCUGUUCGAGGGUAGGCUCAUACCGAUGGUGUCCGCGGACUUGAGGGAGAACGGGAAGGGCGCGGGGGUGUUACCCGCGCCUCUCGGGCACGCGUUGCUUCCCCCUACGGGUAACCAGGACGGCGGGAAGAUUACGAUCUGCGAGCCGGUCGCGCCUCCUGCGGAGGCGCCGCGCGAAGCGGCGCCGCCGACGCCGGUGCCGCAGACCCCGGCGCCGGUACCGGAGGAGCCGAAGCCGGUGAAGCGGGCUGCGUUCAGCCGCUCGGGAAAGUAUUACAAAGAGCCAGAGUCGACGCCGAACCAGCGCGCGCUGGAGGUGGUCGCUAGCAUGACUGCGAGCGUGAUGGCGAAAGCGCCCGCGCCGGUGCCGGUCUCGGAGGAGCAAGGUGUAGGGAACGAAGAGGGGGUGAGCGGCGCCGAGACUGAACUCGCGAAGCCGUCGCUGUUGUCCACGAGGCCGCUGCUGCACCGGAACGCGUUGAUUCCGUUUGCCAUAUUCGACAAGGACGCGGAGCUGCAGCAUCACAUGGCGCCGCUGGGGGUGAAGGGGAAAGAAGAAGCGGCCGCGGUGGCGGACACGCACGUUCGUGCGAUGGCGGCGGCGAACAUGGACCUGUCCUUGCCGUUGAACGCGCGUAGGUUCGAGGGUCUUACGGAGAUUCCCGCGAACGCGCCGCGCGCCGCGAAAAGGUUGGUGGGUAAGCAGUUAGACAAGAGGUGGCUGGCGGUGCGCGACAUCAAGCCGCGCAUGGAGGACAUGUGGGUGGCCGCUCGGCGAGAGCCUCAGGUGUGCAGCACCGAGGGUUGGAACACGGAGGGUCUGUUGGCUCCUCCUUCGGAAGGUGUUGAAUUCUAA